CCCCCCGCACCGGAUCCACGGGGUCCCGCUAUAUACCGCAGGAGGGAAGAUUUCUUCCGGGCACGCGCACUUCACCUGCCGCCUCGCCGUGGCACGCGCCACCCUCCCCUCCAUCCGCGUUCCGUCUCCCCGCCGCCGGCGUCGAUCCCUCUUCUCUCUGCCCCCCCGCCCGCCCCUCUGGUCCGCCUCACCCCCGCACGCGUGCCGCUGGCCGCGAGAGCCCGCCGUUCGAGUCAAUCGCUCGCGGACUUCGACAGGGCGAGCAUCGCGCUGCUUGGGCGCUGUGCUGCUUGUCUCUCACGUCAGUCUGUCUGUCUGUCUGUCCGUCUCUCCGACUCACUGACUCACUGACUUACUUACCGAGUGACCGACGAAGGUUGCCCUUCGUAUCGCAUCGGACGGUAAGAUCGUCGGAGGAUCUCUCGUCGCAUCGAAGGACAUAUCCGACGCUAUAUGUAUAUAUUUUUAUAUACAUAUAUAUAUAUAUAUAUGUAUAUUAUAGAACGAUCGAUGCACCACAAUGUUACUGGUUGUCAACUGUAAGGCGUUAUAUAAUAUACUGAAUAAACACUGCAGGGGUAUAGAAAUUGAUUCCGAAGGAAAUUGAUUCGAGUUUGUUGUCGACUCUGUGUCGGAAAGAGAUCGAGAGAGAGAGAGAGAGAAAGAAAUUAAAAAGUGCAAAAUACUUAGAAAUACCACAACGGCACCUAGGUAUUAACGGCGAAACGGCGGAUCUUGAUUGAGGAGUAUUGUAAACAAAGGGGCACCGCAUCGCAACGAGAGACGUCUAAAUACGUUCUCCACCUCCUCCUCCUCCUCCUCCUCCUCCGUCGCUUCCUCCUCCUCCACUACCACCACCACCGCCGCCAGCCUUCUGCACCUCCUCCACCUCGACAUCGUCUUCGUCUUCUUCUUCUUCGACAGAAAUAGUUGACUCGGAGGAGAACCGCGGGACUCGGCUGCUUCCUCGACGCAGAUCUGACACCCUCUACGCUUACAGUAAUAACAGUUAUUUUACCCGCGCAGUGUUCCGAUAUACCUACCAGAUACACCCGAAUUCCUUGCGCUCUCAGUUAUCCUUCUACGUUACAAUCCAUCACGCCGAUUCGUCAAUUCUCCUCUCUUCGUUUCUGGUCCCCACCUUGUCGACGAUUAUUGACAUGAGCAACGAACAAACGUGUCGUCGACGGAGAGGACAAAGUACGGCGAAACUAUCGUUCGAGAAGUUGAGGAUAUAAGAAGAAGAACGAAAAAUAAAUAAGAAAAACGAAAUACAAAGUUGAAUCGAUAUAGGAAACGAACCAGUUGUAAACGGCCAACGAGCCGAUAUCACCCACCUGUUGACGUUUCGAACAUCGCAUCAUCGAGCACGGUGUAUGAUAAUUAUUCGUAUAUAUUGUCGUAUUACAAGAAGUUCGAAUCCGCACGCAUUGAAAUGCGCGAUUGUAACGUCUGGCCGACGCGAAGAGAGUGAAUGAAAGAAGAAGAAAAAAAGAAAGCAUCGAAAGCGGAAAAUUAUCGAGGAACUUUUCAAGCGUAUACGCAUAUCUAAUGAUGUUUAAUUGAGCCAGCGAUUAAACCGCAUCGCCAACUGGCUGCAGGCAUUCAUUCCCGAGUAAACAAAAAACAACAACAAGUUGGUGCGUAAACAAGAUUCAUCACAAGUGUAUGUGAAACGAGAACGAUACGACAUAUGUAAUAUUCAUCGUAGUGACAUGUACGGGAAAAGUUUUGUACGUUACACCGUAUAUAUACGUACGUAGAUAUCUCUUCGCGAGAGGUGAUUAUCGUCGACGACGUCGUGCGCCUUCUUCUUACUCUUGAACGCGAGAAAAGUACAAUACGAGUGAAGAGUGAGAGUGAGAGUGAGAGUGAGAGAGAGACUGAGACUGCUCUUUGGUUAUCAGUGCGUAUUGCAUGCGGGACUCGCCUCCUGUCCGCUCGUUAUCGCUCGGUCGCAUCGUUAGUUCGUCGUUGAGAAAAAAAACUUUUAAAGUUGUGAGUGCGGAGAGUGAAAAGUGGGAAUCGGGGGGGCGGUGGGUGGGUCAAAAGUCACCAGAGUGCAACAUCGCUGCGGUGUUCAGACUGCCUUACGUGACGUGCACGCGAUUAUUUCGACGGACUCGAGUUGAAAUAAAUAAAUAAACGAACAAACGAAUGAAGACAAGAAAAGUAAUUGGAGCAGGAAUAGAACCGAGACAAAAAUGCGCGUUUAAAAUCCCGCGCUAAUAUACGAACGAUACGAUUAUACCGAUCUAGGCGAUCGCAAUUAUUGUAAUACGUACGGUUGCGUGUACGUGUAUUCAUAUACACGUAUACGUGAGAGAGGCGAAACGGUGAAAGUGACAGCUCUGCGCGUAUAAUGCACACCGCGGUACGGAGAAAUUGGCAACGUCGCUGAAAUUAUUUUAAUACACCGUGCGAUUCGGGUGACUUUAAACGCGGUGCGAAGUGAGUGAAUGAGUGUAAGAGAGUACCAAAGUAGCAGAGACAUUUAUUUUCGACAUCUUUGCUUCCUCUAUCCGCGUUUGACGAAAGAAUUUUUUUUUUAUUCGCGAUCAGCGUGAAAACGAACGGUCGAAGAUGACGACGAGACGAGUGAGGGAAACAUGAAGGAGAAAUAACACUCGCUCUCUCUGUCGCUCGUCGGCGCGUACGUUUGUUUGCAUUAUACGUAAUACGUAUCAAAUACCGACAAUCUACGUUACAAGUCCGCCGCUGCUGCAGCUGCAUCGGAGUUCUUCGAUUCGUUCGAUGCGCGGAUGCGUAACACGUGCAUAGAAUUACAUGAGAGAUAGAGACGCGGAGAAACGCGCGCGAGUUUGAACCACGCCGAGCUGCGGUAUACGUACGUAGAGUGAAGACAAGUGGGACGGACGAUCGCGACACGUCGUCGUCGUCGUCGUCGUCGUCGAGAGUUUUGUAUAUCAUCGGACACCGUGAAGUGAACUGCUGUGUUACUACCGGGCAGCCGGCACGCGAGGAUCCCGUUUAGCUCCGCUUUGUUGCCGUCUACGAACGUCGGGAAGUCGCGUCGCGCGCGAUUUUCAAAAAUUUAUACCACAUGCGGUGAAGCGAAGAGGAGAAACGAAAAGCGAAAAGCGGUCGAGGAGACGGAAAGUUGCGCACAUUUUCAAUGCUGUCAUUGGUGCACUGUUACGGUUAGCGUUGCCGUGCGAAAGUGCGGAAGUGCGGUUACAUUCGCCUGAGAAUUAAAGCAAAAAACUAAGAAACGCGUAGUUUCGGGCUUUGAAUGAGAGAAAUAAACGUUGAGAUAAAAACGGUAUCGUAUAAUUAUCGAAAAGGAUCUUCCGCUAGAGAGAGAAAGAGAGAAGAGUGUGUGUGUGUGUGUGUGUGUGUACAAGGAUUCGAAGGGACAAGAAAAUCAAAAGCGCGAAUACUUUGGCGCGUUUUUUUAAAGGCGCGUUCGCGCGGCUAGGCAUUUCUCAAUAUCAGAGAUUUCCUGUAUCAGGGACGCGGGGCCGCCUCUUCUUCCUAGCACCCUCCCGUUUCUGGCACAAUGACCUUUAAAUUUCGUUGAAAAUAAGACAAAACGUAAACAGGACUACGGGAGUGUGAAUUGUUCAUAUAUAAUAAUAACAAUAACAAUAAUAAUAUGUAUGUAUAUCUACGUACGUGCGACGCCGAUUCCGCGAUAUUUAAACCGCGGUGACAAUUGAUUUCAAUCGCGCGAAAUAAGUGGUGCACCGAUCGGCGAGUUUGGCAAGUUUAUCAAGAAAGGAGCAGCGACGAGUGGACGGUGAGGGGGAUGGUGGCCCCCCCUCAGCCAGGGCCUCCGACCCGGGCGCCCCUUCUGUGAGGAGAAAGCCUCUGUCUACCUCACCGCACGCCAAAAAUUGACAACGACACGUGACCGUUUGAAGAGAGAGAGAGAGACAGAAAGAAAGAUACGCCGUGACAUCACCUGGAAUGAUGGUACGUACGUGCGCCGAUGUGGGUUCCUACUUGACGAACGGCCGUCUGGGUAACCAGAAAUUCCUGAAACGGACCGCGGAGGAGUUGGAGCCACCGGGUGGGGGCAGCGGGGACGGCGGCUUUGGGGAACCCCCGUCGAAACUGCAAUGCACCCAGGCACAGCAUCAGCAGCAGGCCCCCGGGAGCGGGGGCGGGGGUGGCGGGGGUGGUGGGGGUGGUCCGCACCACGGCCACGGGGCGAAUACCUCGGGCCCCCAGCAACAGCAGCAGCAGCAGCAGCAACAACAGCAACAGCAGCAACAGGGUGGAAACGAGGGUCUGACCAAGUUCUCUGUGGAGAUAGUUCAGCAACUGGAGUUCACAACUUCGGCGGCAAACUCCCAGCCCCAGCAGAUAUCCACGAACGUAACCGUGAAGGCGCUGACGAACGCGUCGGUGAAGAGCGAUCACGUAAACUCGACCGCCUCGCCGAAAUCGGGGCCCGAUCCACCCGCGGCUGGGGGACCGCGGGUCCCGACGGGGGGCGGAAUCGGUUGCGUCGACCUGGGGAACCUAGUCGAGUGCAAGCAGGAGCCGGACAACGAGUUCGUGGAUCUCGAGCAGUGCGCGGCGGCAUUGGAAAAGGACGCGGCUGCGAACGGCGCCGGAUUCCCCGGCUUCUCGGACUUUAUCGGCGACGAUACCGGCGACGAGAUCAUAACCUCGGACGCGUUCAAGGACCUCAUAUCGGAGAUAUCCGACUUUCAUCCGGAGUUCAUGAAGGACUUUGACUUCGAGGACAAGUGCGUCGACAACCUCGCCAGCAACGCUCUACCCAACAACGUUACCAACAACGGUCAGAUAAAGGUAGAGGACGACAAGGAUGCCGUUCACCAGCACAACAACAACAACAGCAGUAACAACAACAACAACAACAACGGCACGACCCUUCCGACGAACUCGAGCCCCGGGGCCUUAGGAUCGGCCCAAUACUCGCCGGCCCGACUCGCCUACUCCGGUCUCGACUUCAAGUCCGAGAUGAGUCCGGCCGCUCAGACCCUGAAGCAGAUGGCCGAGCAGCAUCAGCACAAGAAUCAGCACCUCGGUCUCGGCGGUUUUAAUCCCGCGGCAGCCGCGGCGAGGGGACCGGCUGCCAGGUCGCCCUACGCCGAGUUUCCUCAGUUUGCCGGGGCCUCCGAUUACCUCGGUAGUCCCGGCAGCAACGGACCACCCGGAAGUCAGGCCCAGACCGCGCAGACGGCGGGGGCCUAUCACAAGACGAACAAUUCGGGAAACUUCCAGGGACAAUCGACUGCCGAUAUUUUUACCGCCCAGUCGCAAUUCUCGACACUCGGUGACAUCAAGCGGGCCCAAAAUUCCGGCGGCAAACCGUCGAUGAUGGGACCCGCCGCCGGGUACAAGCAACAGUAUUCGCCCUACGGUAGCCCCGGGUCUAUGCCCAAUCACGGCAGCCCCGGGUAUCCUUUACCCCCUAGAGGAUCUCAGGCCGGUGGUGGGCCCAACCAGUCCGGAUCUCAAGGACCCUUCACCAGCUCAACUCCUCCAAGGCCUCCUUCGGGACCUGGCACUUCCACGCUACAGAUCAACCAGGCACAGCAGCUACACAUCAGCAACCCUGGACACCAGAUACAGGUUUCCGCAGGCCAACACAUGCAGCUCACCGGCGACCUGAAACCCGGUGUGUCCGUAGCGGCACAGCAGGGAAUGUACUUCAACCAACAACAGGCCCAGAAUCAAUCCGGACCCGCCGGUUCCCAGAGCGAUACCUACUGCUCGGUAUCUCAGUCGCAGACCAUCAAUUUCACGCAGCAAAGUCUCAGGCAAAGGGCUGCCGCUACCGGGGGAGUUUCACAACCUGGAGGUGCCGCUGGGGCGAGAGGUCAUCCUCAGCAGGUACCACCCGGUCAGGUUGAUCAUCAACACGCGAAACUCCUCCAACAGCAGCAAAUGCUGCGCGCACAGCAGGUGAUGCAACAACAGCACAUGGCCGGUGGAAUGGGCGGCGUUAGGCCUCCACCCCCGGAGUACAAGGCAGCUCAGGCCCAGAUGAUGCACGCCGGCAUCGGGAUGGGUGGUCAGGCGAGGUUUCCCACUGCAGGACCUAUGCGAAGAGUAGCUCAGCAGCCAAUGCCUCCAUCGGGCCCGAUGAUGAGGCCGCAAAUGGCUCAGCAGCAACAGCAGCAGGCUCUCCACGCCGCCGGAGGAAACAUGUACAUGGGCGGCGGAGGCAUGGCCUCCAUAAGCAGCAUGCACCAGAUGCACCAACGGCUCGGUUACCCCAGGACGAACAAUCAGCGGCCGCCGAACGUAAGCGUCGGUCCUUCCGACGGUCUCGGGAACAGCAUCGCUGGUCGCGGAGCGCAGCCAGAAUGGCGACACAUCCUGCAGAUGCACCAGCAGCAGGGUUUCCAGGCACAAAUGCGACCCCAAUUCAAUCAGCAGGGUCACCAAGCCGGCUUCGGAAUGGGCGGUGCUGGUGGAAUGCAGAUGAGUGCUGCUCAGAUGCAGCAUCAGCAGCUAAUCAGGUCGCAGAGCGGAGGUAUGGCCGGUGGUGGCAUGCCAAACAGCACUCAGAUGCAGCAAAUACUGUCUCAGCAGCACCAGCAGCAGAGUCUCGCGAUGCAGCAAAGCAACAACCAAAUGUCCGUACAGAUGCAGAUGUCCCAGUCGACCUCUGUGAAUUCCGUCAGCAGUGCCGGCACAGGCUCUCCUCUGCACCCGCAUCAACAGUACGGUUCUGGUAGUCCGGGAGUGCGGAGCUUGCCUCAGCAGCAGCAGCAACAGCAGCAACCACCGCAACAGCAACAGCAAUCCCAGCCUCCUCCGGCGCCUCAGGACUCAUCCGUUGCAACGGAUUUCAGUCUCGAAUUCCUUGAGAAUCUUCCCACGGGAGACACAUCCAAUUUUAGUGCCCAAGAACUCCUCAAUUCUCUAGAUUCCACGGCCGGGUUUCAAGGUUUCAACCUUGAUAUUUUGUAAGGACACCGACGGCAUUGUCGCUCUUUUUUGAGUCCUGCUGAAAAGUAUUAAUUUAAAUUGCGAAACUCGAACCUUAAAUGGCCGAUCGUCGCCCUCUGGUCGUCGGUAAGAGCGUCCCUCCUUGAGGCCGCGGAAAUGGCUUUUACGUGGCAGACGUUUAUCCUGCUGAGACGGCGCGACGCGGGCAGCGAAAAUUGCCUGAAAAAUAGUCAGAAGCGGAAAGGUAAUCAGGUCUGGAAUCUCUAUGCCGGAUCGAUCGAUCUCUGGGGAGGAAUGGAAGAAGACAGCCGCGGGUGAUUCUUUACCUCGAAAUCCGUUUGUUGCCAAUCUUUAUCUCGACCUCCGUUCUCCCAUUUUCACUCUUUAUAUCUUUAAGAAUGUAUUAUUAUUAUUAUUAUUAUUUUUAUACCGAGCCAUUCGAAAAAUUGAACGAAAUCGGACGAAUAAUGAAAAUCCGUCGGACGUUGUAAUCUCUGUAGAAAAACGUGUAGUUUGUCGUUAUACAUAUUAGAUAAUAUUGUUACGAAUCUCAAACCGCGAGGACUGGGAACAGUUCGUUUUCGCACGUUAUAGUAGCGCCGAACUCCGAUUUCUCGGAAUCCCUUUAUUAGUCUUAUUUAAUUCUUUUCCAUUCGAAUCCUAGUUAUCUUAGAUUCGAAAAUCGCUAGGUGUGACGAUGGAGUUGAAACGAUAAUAAAACUAAUGAAUACAUAUUUAUGUGUGUAUACACACACGCUCACGCAUACAAGUCGUUUCUAGGUUUUAAAAACUUAUUCGCCGAAACGUCGUUUCAGUCUCGAACACCGCGUCGCCUACGUCCAUGUUAUUGAUUUUGGUUUCACCUGCCAUUUACCCCAUUGGCAAGUACAGUUUUGCAUAUAUUUUUGCAACUUCUCUGUUUAACUCGCACCGACCCUCGUGCAAUCGGUUGCGUAAUUGUUGAUAACAGUGGACAAUGGUUUGAUAUAAAUUCAUCUCGAUUCGAUGACAUCCGGGAUGCGAGGACACGGAACGGAAGUCCAAAGUAUUCGUAAUAAACCAGCGUCAAUGGUUUACAUUUGCCUUCUGUAGUUGAUUAGAUUUUUGUUUUUAUCCCAUGUUUACCUAGGUUUGUCCCAUCGUACAUAUUAACUAUCGUAUUUUAGUCUAAUUGAAGAUCUCUAGCGAGAUAAUAAUAACAAUAAUAAUAAUAACAAUACCAAUAAUAAUAAUAACAACAAUAAUAAUACUAAUACUAAUAAUAAUAAUGAUAAUAAUAACAACAAUAAUGGAAUAAGGACGGAAUUUGUAGACUGUGCAGAAGAUAGACAAAGAGGUGCGCGAAUAUAUACAUACGUUUCUUACACUUCCUUUUCUAUAAUAAGUUAUUAUUUCAGUGUAAAUAUAUGUUUCUUAGUUUAUCACAACAUACGGUUUAUACUAUAGAUAUUUCUACCUUAAUGUUAUUACUUACUAUUAUUACUAUAUUAUUAUUUUUAUUUUUGUUUCCCCAACAAUACUUUUCCUUUUUUACGUCGCGCUGUGAAUCUAUCAAUCGAAGUUUCGUGCACGUUACGUUAGACGUACGUGUUACCAGAUUAGGUGGUUGGUUUAAGGCAAGCACACGCAUGCUUAUACAUUCGAAUAUUGAUGAGAGUGCACAAAAUGAAGAAAGCAAAAUAUUAAUCCUAUUACUCGUAUUUUUACUCUCUUAUUUAAGUACUCGAAAUACCCGUAUUUAAUUUCCCUACUUUAGUUAUGUUUUUCGCAACCAGAAGUUUACAUAUCCGUAAUUUUACCUGAAACCUUGGCAUCAAAAUGCCAUAUUUAUUGCGUCACUUCGCAAACGUUUCAUCUACUACACAGUCUACCCACAAAUAUUGAAUAAUAGUUAUAAUGAUAAUAAUAAUAAUAUCCAUAAUAAUCAUAACCAUAAUAAUAUUAAUAAUAUUAAUAGUAGCAGUAGUAACAACAACAAUAAUAAUAAUUAUUAUCAUAAAUAAACAAAUCGUCAUAUAUACAACAUGUGUUACUUAACCAAAUCAAUUUUACUACUAAGUAAAACAAAGUACUCCGAUUCAUCUUGUCCGACGGUAUUCGAUAAGCUUUCAAAUGCAAUUGCGAUGGCAAAACAGUGUUAAUUGAUAAACCAUGUUUAUGACGUGUGAAAGGUUUGAAGAGGAAAAAACUUCACUAGUUCAUUUGGGAGGAUCGAGGGCGAGAUGUAGUUACAGAAGAUUGGGGUAAGCAACAACCUGGUGUAUAAAUAAUAUUCGAUGUGUUGAUAGCGUAAAUUCCCGAACGAAGUGAAAGCAAGUUAACAAUUAAAAGAAAGUCAAUUAUAACUAUUCUUGGGAAGAAAAAAAAACAUUAACAACAACAAAUCUGGUGAUUUUUGGCUAGAAUUAUAUUAGCCAAUUAUUAUCGACAUUAAAUUGUAGGCUGCUUCUAUGACAUAAGUAACCCCCUCCUAAAAACGUGAAAAAAAAUAUUACUAGGUGAAUAAGAUAUGAAAACUUUCAUUGUACAUACACAUAGAUAUAUUAUAUACUUUAGCGAAAUUUGAGAAAAAAAAAAAAAAAAAGUGGUAAAAACUCAAGAUAAAAUUUAUAAUAAUAAGAUAAAUUAAUAA